UCAAAGCCUUUGCAGAGGCAAACAUGAGUCUGAACAUGCUGGGGGCUCAGGAUCUCACUGAGCCAGGUCCUGGAAACUCACAUGUUGCAGCAAACCUUCAUGCAACAAACAUGAAGGUUUGUUGCAACGUGAAAGAGAUGGGGGUCAUGAAAGCAGGGGCUUUCAUAUUUCCCAUAUGUCCAAUGCUGUGUAUCUUUUAUAGUUUGGGGAGUUCUCCAGGAAUGUGUCAUUUCAUCAUUAGCAUUCAAAGUAUUUAUUUACGUGACCUUGGAAGGCAAUAAAACCACCUGAGAGGGUUAUCGUCAGCUCAUCCUCAGCUUAAUGCUCUCAGGUAUGCUGUGAUGAAAUUGUGCAUUUUUCUGAUUCGACCCAUUGCAGAACUGAAUGAGAAGAUGCACCCAUGUACCAAGGGCUGUAGCUUAGUACAAAAAGACGUUAGAGGAUUUCCAUCAGGGAUGUGUGUCUGCGUGCUUGGGGGGCCAUUUUUAUUCCCAGAGGGAUUUGGGAAUUUGGCUAAUGCAGCCACUGUAGUACAACAGCAUAUUGCUUUAAUAAAGGCGGCCAGCUCCCAGCUAUUUCUGCAUCCUCCUUCACAGCUCACCUACAGCAACACGCAGAACCUGACGGCUGCCAGUGCCAGUUGCAGCAAGGCCAGUUCCACGGGCCAGAUCUCGCAGUCUAAAACUGCCCUGCUCUAAAUAGAGGAGCCGGGCGAGAGAAGCACCAAGGCUGCGGCUUUCCUGGGGAGAAACCACAGUGCCGGCGCUACGUGACUUGCCCCGGACACCCAAGAAGCUCCUGUCAGCGCGCGGAGCUCCCGCAUCCCGAGCCUGACCUCGUGUCGUGCGCUCGUCCCGUGCAUGCGAGCGCCCUAGAAGGCACCGCUUGUUUUUCUACCGUCCGUUCCAGAGAAAUCCAGCUGGUAAGAGGAGCGCAGCGCCGUGAUUUAUUUGAGAACUCACUCCCUCGUACUCGCCUGAAGGUCUCGCCGCCGGCAGAAGAGGGAGAGCGCGGGAGGCUGCGCUUCUCGGCGGCCGCUCCGCUCCGCUGCGCUGCGCGCCCGGCUCGGCACUCAGGUACAGAGCGAGGAGGGGAGCGGGGAUUUCCUCGGCUUCCUCCCAUGCACAUACCUCCCGGAGAGCGGCGGCGGCAGCCCGACUCCCCUCGGCGGCCGCUGGGAGGCUCCGCGCAUCGCCCCGGCCGCGCUCUCCCUCCGCCGGUGACACCCGCCCCCCGCCCCCGCAGCGCCCCGCUCCGCGCCGCGCCGCGCCGCGCCGCACCGAGGGGCCGCGGGCAGCGCCGGCACCGGCAGCGCCGACAGCCCACAGGCAACCACCCGCCCGCCGAGCCGGGCAUGGAAUAUACAAAAACACAAAGGAAAAGUGGCCGCUGGACUGUUCUGGGGGCAAAAUGCUGGAAGUUUAGGAACUACAGUGUAGCGGCAGCCAGCCGGACACAGUCACACGCCGGAGAGUGGCCAGCAACGAGCGGGCGAGAGAAACGAGAAAGCACAAAGACUAAACUAACCCGAGCCGCCUCCUCCUCCUCCUCCUUCCCCGGCUCUUUAUUUGCACAUUUACUAAAGACUUAAAAAAAAAAAAAAAAAAAAAAAAAGGAAAAGGAAAAAAAGAAAGAAUCCCCCCAACAAACCCACUCCACCAAACCUACGGGAUUUUUGGUCCGCCGGGGGUUUCUCCGCACCGCCGAGCACGGCAAUGCCUUAAAUUUCCACUUCAAGGAAUAACCCCCCCGCCCCGCGCCCCCGAAAUAAAAUAAACCCAAUAAA